CUCAUCCCCCACCUCCCUGGGGCUGAAAUCCCAGCUCUGUGACACAAAACACCACCACUAUUGCACUGGAGAGAACCACCCAGCCUAGAACGCACCGCACCGGGAGAGGCAACUCCCCUGCUCCUUCCCUCCACCAUGGAGUACCUCUCAGCCCUGAACCCCAGUGGCCUGCUCAGGUCAGUAUCCAAUAUGAGCUCUGAGUUUGGCCGGAAAGUCUGGACUUCACCUCCACCACCCCAGCGACCCUUCCGAGUCUGUGAUCACAAGCGGACUACCCGGAAAGGUCUGACAGCUGCCACCCGCCAGGAACUGCUGGACAAGGCAACAGAGGCCCUCCUGCUGAGUGGGAUGCUAACAUUGGUGCUGGAGGAGGAUGGGACCGCUGUGGAGAGUGAGGACUUCUUCCAGCUUUUGGAGGAUGACACGUGCCUGAUGGUGCUGGAGUGUGGGCAGAGCUGGAGCCCCAGCAGGAGUGGGAUGCUGUCAUAUGGCCUGGGCCGGGAGAAGCCCAAGCACAGCAAAGACAUCGCCCGCAUCACCUUCGACGUAUACAAGCAAAACCCUCGAGACCUCUUUGGCAGCCUCAAUGUCAAAGCCACAUUCUACGGGCUCUACUCCAUGAGUUGUGAUUUUCAAGGACUUGGCCCAAAGAAAGUACUCAGGGAGCUCCUCCGCUGGACAUCUGCACUGCUGCAAGGCCUAGGCCACAUGCUGCUGGGAAUUUCCUCCAGCCUUCGCCACCUAGUAGAAGGGGCCGAGCAGUGGCAUUGGCAGCGGCAGGGUCGCCUCCAUCCCUACUGAGAAGGGGCUCUGAGCUGCUCUCUGCCCCUAGACUUGUUCCAAGACACACUGUAAGGACUCUGACAGCAUCAGCUUUGGAGAUCUGAGGAUAGUGCAGAUGAGAGAACUCACCCAAUUUCCCCAUGGUCUUCUGACCCCACUGCAACAGGUCCCAUCGGCAUAAGGCCUUAUACCUCUAGCCUAUACCCUUUCCCGAAGAAUACUGUCUCUUCCUAGCCAUCUUUCCAGCUUCCCCCUUACCCUAAAAGGCCACAAACCCAUCCCCAAGCAUCUUGAUUCCACUCUGACCAUUGCUACAUCUAGAUUUCUUGCAAUUCCUCCUGUCCCUAAGCUUCCCAGUGCACUGGAUUCAGCCUUUGACUUCACCUUGAGAUCUCAAUUUCUUUAUAUCCUUCUCCCCAAAAUAACAAAAACAUUUCCAAUAAAAAUAUAAAAAUACUUAUUAUUAA